UCGUUAGUCUAUUCUAAAACUUAUUGGUAUUGUGUUGUUUUCCAAGUAUCAACAUUUUACCGUGAAACAUCAUGUAUGUCAACGCUUGGGGAAUACCAGUGUAAUAUAUUUAUCUUUAGACGAGAAAAGUGGAUUUGUUUUGAAUUGGUUACAUCGAUAAGUUGAUAUUAUUGCGAGUUAAUUUUAAAUGUUAUUGUUUAUUAUAUUAUUGGCUAAUUGAUAAUAACCUUAAGACAACCAUGGUGAUUAUUAGGGAAGAAAGUAAAUUCGAAUUUGAAACGAAAGUUGUGAACAACAGAGACAGUUUUAUUUUAAAUGUCGUAAGGUUUAUUUUGAAUUAUUUAACACGAUUUUCGAUAGCGGGUAUAGUUGUAUAUGUGUGCUGGAUAGCCAUAAGGAACUAUCAUUAUUGGUUUUCAUGGCACGUUAUAUUGUGUACCUUUGGGUAUCUGCCUCUAAUGGCGGAGUCCAUUAUGUUAUUUCUAAGUGAUGAAGUAUGGGCUACUCAAAUAUCACGAACUGCCAAAUACACCGUGCACGGCAUAUUAAUAUCUGUAGGAACUGUAAUGAUUAUAUCAGGAGAUUCGAUAGUUUUUCAUUAUAUUACGCCUGGUUAUCAUUUGUACACAGCACAUGGAAUUACAGGUUUUGUCUCCAUGAUUUGCAUAAUUUUAUCUAUCCCUGUUGGUAUAGCAGUGAAAUAUCUCCGAAAUAUCAAGCAUUACUUACCACUAUCCUCAGCAGGCUGCAAGUUCGUCCACAACAUCUUGGGAAUCUUAGGUUACGGAAUAGGUAUCAUGAGUCUGUGUUUUGCAUUCUACACAAAUUGGUUUGUAUAUUAUACGGAAUACGAAUCAAGAAUUUUAGCGUUGACAGUGACGAUUCUAGCAGCCGCCUGGACAAUGAAUGGAGCAGUAGUAUCAUUGUAUCAUCAAAUGAAAUCACUUAUAUUUUAAUAUUUAUUAUGAAUAAACUGAUUUUGUUUA